CAUGGAGAAGGAUGAGGACAACCCUUCAAAAUGAAAACAUCAAGUCGUCAUUAAUGCGGAUUUAAAUGUCUCGCGCUGAGGGGAACGGCCGCGCGCUUUCUCCUCACGCUCUCAGACUCGCUGCGUUUCUCACAGAAAAAUAUCGAUUAAAAAAUUAUAUUGUCGCUGAACGGACGCGGAUAGAGAGACAGUGCACAUAGGAUAGGGAUUUUUGAAGCAAUAUGGCUGAUGGCUGGGGUUGGGGGCGCUGGCAGGAGCUCUCCAAAGCUUCUCAAUGCUAGAUGUGGCAGGUGGCAACGGAUCCUAUGGCAGCAGCAGCCCUAGAAUGAGUAAUACUAUCAAUUUUAAUAAAAACCCGGACUCUUCUGUCUCUAUAUCGAAGAUGGACGUGAUCAUCCCGUUCUCACCCGACGUACCCUGUGACAACAAUGGUCAGCGCAUGUGGUGGGCUUUCCUCGCCUCAUCCAUGGUGACGUUUUUCGGGGGUCUCUUCAUCAUUCUCCUGUGGAGGACCCUUAAGUACCUGUGGACUGUCUGCUGUCAUUGCAAAAUCAAAAAUAAGGAGGCACAGAAGGUGAAUAACCCGAUAAACAGUCAGGCUGACGGACCACCGAAGAGAUUGAAUGAGAAAGAUGAAGUCCCAGUAACUGAGGUGGGCUGGAUGACCUCAGUGAAAGACUGGGCAGGGGUCAUGAUCUCAGCACAGACCCUUACCGGCCGAGUUCUGGUGGUUUUGGUCUUUGCACUGAGCAUCGGCGCUCUGGGAAUAUACUUCAUAGACUCGUCAGAUCCUAUAGAGUCAUGUCAGAAUUUCUACAAAGACUUCACUUUACAGAUUGACAUGGCAUUCAACGUGUUCUUCUUACUCUACUUUGGACUACGGUUCAUAGCAGCCAACGACAAGCUGUGGUUCUGGUUGGAGGUGAACUCAGUGGUGGACUUCUUCACCGUACCGCCCGUCUUUGUGUCGGUGUAUCUGAACAGGAGCUGGCUAGGUCUUAGGUUCCUAAGAGCCUUGAGAUUGAUACAGUUCUCAGAAAUUUUACAGUUUUUGAAUAUCUUAAAAACAAGUAAUUCCAUCAAGCUGGUGAACCUGUGUUCCAUCUUCAUAAGCACAUGGCUCACUGCUGCAGGAUUCAUUCAUCUGGUGGAAAACUCAGGGGAUCCAUGGGAAAACUUUCAAAAUUCUCAACCGCUCUCAUAUUGGGAAUGUGUGUACUUAUUAAUGGUGACUAUGUCUACGGUGGGAUAUGGAGACGUCUAUGCAAGAACUACUCUCGGACGCCUUUUCAUGGUCUUCUUCAUUCUCGGUGGUCUGGCCAUGUUUGCCAGCUACGUCCCUGAAAUCAUAGAGUUAAUAGGAAACCGCAAGAAAUAUGGUGGUUCCUAUAGUGCAGUAAAUGGCAGAAAGCACAUUGUGGUUUGUGGUCACAUCACGCUCGAAAGUGUUUCCAACUUCCUUAAAGACUUCCUACACAAGGACAGGGAUGAUGUCAAUGUAGAAAUUGUUUUUCUUCAUAAUAUUUCCCCUAAUCUUGAGCUGGAAGCCUUGUUCAAACGUCACUUCACUCAGGUGGAAUUCUAUCAAGGAUCGGUACUAAACCCGCAUGAUCUGGCAAGAGUAAAGAUCGAGUCAGCGGAUGCCUGCUUGAUUCUUGCAAACAAAUACUGUGGAGACCCCGAUGCUGAAGAUGCCUCCAAUAUCAUGAGAGUUAUAUCUAUCAAGAACUACCAUCCGAAAAUCAGAAUUAUCACUCAGAUGCUGCAGUACCACAACAAGGCCCAUCUGCUAAACAUUCCCAGCUGGAACUGGAAGGAGGGUGAUGAUGCGAUCUGCCUGGCCGAGCUAAAGGCGGGCUUUAUUGCCCAGAGCUGCCUGGCACAGGGCCUGUCUACCAUGCUCGCCAACCUCUUCUCCAUGAGGUCAUACAUCAAGAUCGAGGAGGACACGUGGCAAAAGUAUUAUCUGGAGGGAGUGGCUAAUGAAAUGUACACUGAGUACCUGUCCAGUGCCUUUGUGGGACUUUCAUUUCCUACAGUUUGUGAGCUGUGCUAUGUGAAGCUGAAGUUGUUGUUGAUCGCUAUUGAAUACAAGUCAGAGCAGAGGGAAAGCAGAAGCAGAAAGCGUAUUCUGAUCAACCCGGGAAAUCACGUCAAGAUGCAGGAGGGGACGCUGGGAUUCUUUAUCGCCAGCGAUGCCAAAGAAGUGAAAAGAGCUUUUUUCUACUGCAAGGCUUGUCACGAUGACAUCACAGAUCCAAAAAGGAUAAAAAAGUGUGGCUGCAAGAGAACCAAGAUGUCCGUCUACAAGCGAAUGAAACUGGCAUGUUGUUUUGAUUGCGGGCGCUCUGAGCGCGACUGCUCGUGCAUGUCAGGCAGUGUACAUAGUAACAUGGACAGUCUUCAGAGGGCGUUCCCACUUUCUUCUGUCUCUGUUCAUGAUUUCUCAACCAGUUUACGUGCCUCCAAAUAUAAAUUUAACGGAUAUAUCAGAUCACCAGAUGGCGCUACAACUCCAGGAAAAAUGGGAGCGGAGAGGCAGUCUGGGGUUCGGUUCAAAGCUGAAUGCGCUUUAGUCGAAGAUGAGCAUCCGUCAACACUGUCACCCAAAAAGAAGCAGCGCAACGGAGGCAUGCGAAAUUCACCAAACUGCUCACCCAAAAUGAUGAGACACGACCCUCUCCUUGUUCCGGGAAACGAGCAGGUUGAAAACAUGGAUGCUAAUGUGAAGAGAUACGACUCCACUGGAAUGUUUCACUGGUGUCCAUCCAAAGAAAUUGAGAAGGUCAUUCUGACACGCAGCGAGGCCUCCAUGACAGUUUUAAGUGGACAUGUAGUAGUCUGUAUAUUUGGAGAUGUCACGUCAGCGUUAGUGGGGCUGCGAAACCUGGUGAUGCCUUUGAGAGCGAGCAACUUCCAUUACCACGAGCUAAAGCCCAUCGUGUUUGUGGGGUCAUUAGACUAUCUAAGAAGAGAGUGGGAAACCCUUCACAACUUCCCCAAAGUCUCCAUUUUACCUGGUACGCCAUUAAGUCGAGCUGAUUUAAGGGCCGUCAACAUCAACCUCUGCGACAUGUGCGUUAUCCUGUCAGCCAAUCAGAACAAUAUCGACGAUGCUUCACUGCAGGACAAGGAAUGCAUCUUGGCGUCUCUUAACAUCAAAUCUAUGCAGUUUGAUGACAGCAUCGGGGUAUUACAGGCUAAUUCGCAAGGUUUUACACCUCCCGGUAUGGACAGGUCAUCUCCAGAAAACAGUCCUGUGCACGGCUUAGUGAGGCAGGCGUCCGUCACCACCGGAUCAAACAUCCCCAUCAUAACUGAACUCGCUAAGCCUGGCAAACUACUGCCUUUGGUUUCAUUCAAUCAGGAAAAAAACACUGGAACCAACAUACAAAUGAUAACAGAACUGGUGAAUGACUCCAACGUUCAGUUUUUGGACCAAGACGAUGAUGAUGACCCAGAUACGGAGCUGUAUCUGACCCAGCCUUUCGCCUGUGGUACAGCGUUUGCAAUCAGCGUACUGGACUCCCUGAUGAGUGCGACAUACUUCAAUGAUAAUAUCCUCACCCUGAUCCGGACGUUGGUCACGGGAGGCGCCACUCCGGAGCUGGAGGCCCUGUUGGCAGAGGAGAACGCUCUGAGAGGUGGCUACAGCACGCCACAGACGCUGGCUAACAGGGACAGGUGUCGGGUCGCCCAGCUAGCCUUGUACGACGGGCCCUUCGCAGACUUGGGGGAUGGUGGCUGCUACGGAGACUUAUUUUGUAAAGCAUUGAAAACGUACAACAUGCUGUGCUUCGGCAUCUAUAGAUUACGAGAUGCACACUUAGGUGCGCCAAGCCAGUGUAUGAAAAGAUAUGUCAUCACAAACCCGCCUUACGAGUUCGAGCUGGUGCCCACGGAUCUGAUCUUUUGUCUGAUGCAGUUCGACCACAACGCUGGCCAGUCCAGAGCGAGCCUGUCCCACUCUUCCCAUUCCUCCCAUUCAUCCAGCAAGAAGAGCUCAUCGGUCCACUCCAUCCCCCCCACAAACCGGCAAAACCGCAGCAGCAAAGCACGCGAAGCCCGUGACAAACAGAAUGCAACAAGGAUGAAUAGAAUGGGUCCAGAAAAGAGAUGGUUUACAGAUGAAGCAGAAAACGCGUACCCGAGGAACAUUCAAAUCAAGCCCAUGAGCACUCACAUGGCCAACCAAAUCAAUCAGUACAAAUCCACUAGCAGUCUGAUUCCACCCAUUCGAGAAGUCGAAGACGAAUGCUGAACCAAUCCCCAGCCUUUAACAUCACGGAGGGAGUCGGGUCAUCCUGCUGUAAAAGAGACGAACGCGAACCGUGACGUGACCGUGCCCUUGUGCGACUCGAGGGUCCGACGCGAUCGUAGAACCGGAACUGUGUAUACCUUUAAUGUCACUUCCAUACUUUUAUAUGUAAUAUGUAUACAUAGUGAUGUACAUAAUGACAAUCAAGUAAGGAUUGUACAGCCCCUAGCACUUUUUAAAUUAUGUUAACAGGCAAAAAAAGAGAGAAAAAACUACUUCCUGUGAUUCUUUGCAAUAUUUCACCACCACCCUGACCUGACUCCAUGCACUCCGGGUGCGUGUCAUGGAGUAUGAGGGUCACGUCAUUCAUUUCAUCCAAACGCUCUCCAAAGAUCCUCUUCUGAAGCAUCGCAUCAGCCGCACCGAUCGAGACACACAUCCUUUGUUUCUUUUUGCACUACAACUUUACACAUAAUAAAGACUCGCGAGCGUAUCCUCGAUUGUCGAGGAUGGGAUCGGUUUUCCAGGCUAAGGCUGUUAAAGGAAUGGCGUGUGCUUUACAAAUGUCCGUUGCCGUACACCCGCAUAUGUGUGUACCGAAUUUUUGCCUGAAGUAACCUAAAUGUACUGUAUGGCAUCAGGAAAGUUUCCAUCCAUAUACUGUAGACUGUUCAAGCACAUAUGUAUUUGAAAAUGUGUUUGGUGUACUUGUAAUUCUUGCUAAAGGUCGUCCCAACGUAGCUUUCCAAUUUGGCAAUACAUUGAGGAUAUGCACUACUUCUGUUAAUGUCUUUCCAUCACCCAUGACUGCUGGUGUGACGUUUCUUUGAGAAAUACAGAUUAUCAUUCUGAUAAUUGAACAAUGAUUGAGCUGAAACAUCUCUAAAUACGUUAAUUCAAAUAGCCACACAUUGCAAAAGUGGGCAUGACUGGUUUCUCCUUUGGGUGUAGCCACUGCCUGGCACAGGGUUGGCACAGAGGCAAAAAAGUGCUUGGAUGUUCUCUGUGACCAACCGUGAUGCCAUUUGUUUAAAACAAAUGUGUAAGCUCAAUCAUAUUGUUCAAUUAUCAGCCUUGAUUCUUGCUAUGGACUAAAUGGAUGGAACGUCACUCGUUUAAUAUCAACUGUGUUGUACCUUUAAGUACAGUGGUACGUAAACCGAUGCUUCACAGACUUUGCUUCAAGUGCUCAGAUUUAUACAUAAGUACAUACUUAUUUUUUAAUCCAUGAGUGUAAUCAUUUUGUACUUAUUUUUAUACAUACCAGAGAACUUUAUUUCGAAAUGUAUCUUAAAUAUAUAUCGUAAUAGCUACACCGGUCCGCUUUCUGGUCCCCGACGACAGAACAUACAGUAUCACGCAACAUCAAAUAAGAUAAGUAAAACCUCUUACGAGUACAAUUUCAGGCUGCUUUGAAAGGACCUCUGUAGCUAAACCAUUAAAAAUCAUUUUCAGAUGAAAACAAACGAUGUGACACUUUUCUGUAAUUCCAAGUUAAAGCGAUGUUGAUCCUCAGACAGAUAGAUUUAGAGAUGAUGAUGAUGAUGAGAAGGAGGAGGGGAUGUUUGUCUCUGUUCUGAGGGUAGAUUUAUCGAUGUUUGACCUAAAUUAGGUCUCGGUUAAAAGAGGAACGUGCUCGAGUGCUUUCGUGUGUAAUUUGAUCAAAAUGCAUUUAAAUGUGUGCAAUGAGAAGAACGUAUGUCUUCAAUCAGCAGUAGAUGAAAAACAACUUCCAUCCACCGAGUCGAUGAUUGAAACCGAGCUGUGUCAAAAUAUGUUGUAUAAAAUUCUGCCCGUUUUAGUCCACUUUUGGUUUCUGAAGUAAAAUGAUCUCAGCUUUACUGUUUGUCUGGACAAUUAGGCUUUGUCCUGAAGUGAUUUUCUGAAUUGUGAUUACAUUGGUGUUACACUUUGUAGCAAGUAGAUUUCUUAAUAAAUAAAAAACAUAAUAAUGUGAGUCAAAUGUAUGUAUAGCCUAAUUGGAUUGUCAAUAACAUACUUGCUAGCCUGAAAACAAAAAAGAUUAAGAGUCAUUAAUUGAAGUAAAUGUACAUUAUUUCCUAUAUAAAGUCCUUUUAUUGUAAUGAAACGAUGGGAUGGCUAUUGGGACGGUAAGGCCAGCAGGUUGCAUUUGAAGAGUUAUUUCUGAUAAGGGUUUUACAUUCCAUUUUGUCAUCAGCAUUUUUAGUUUGAAUCAGUUUUGCUUAUAGGCUUUUUCUCAGGUAGAAAUCCUGAUGACAAAACUACAAAAUAAAGCUGGCGUUUUUUAAUUUCUUUUCUUUCCCUACUUGAGAGAAUAAGGUACGAGGUGAUGCUUGUAUUUUUAUCUCCACUGCAACAAAUAUCAUGCAAUUUAUUUGUACAUCAUGCAAUCAGAUCAUAUCAGUGCCAUUAAAUGUGUCGUCUACUAGCAUCAGUCAGUCAGUCAGUUGUUGGUAUGAAUUAUGGCAUCUAAUACUGGCAUGGAGAACAUCCAAGCCAUCUUUGCCUCCAUGUCAGCAUGGUGCCAGGCAGUGUAUAAACACCAAAGGAGGAACGCUAUAAGACCCACUAGAGCGAAAAGUGGCAUUUUGACGGGCACAUGCCUAUGCAACCUGUGCUUAAGUCCUGUUACAUUGAAAAUGGACAAAAUAUGUCAAAUAAAGAAACAAAACAUCACACCAAUGACUGAAAGAUGCUUGCUAGUACUACCGUAUGUAUGUUUAGUCGGAUCAUCUGUCAAUGUAUUCAAGUGUGUUUUAAUGAACUAUUUUUAAGUAACAUAUAAACCUUACUGAUGUAAUACACACGUGUCAUAUUUUGGCUAUUUUAUUCUACUGUAAAGGACGAGUUUUAAAAGCUGUGUAAAGAAAAUGGAUGACUGUAACAGAAUAAAUCCUCGGAGGGAAUUAAGUCUUAACAUGCUGAACUUGAGUAUGGAUUAUUGUUUGUUUUUGUCUUUCUUUUCCACUUCGGUAAAUAAUCAUAUACAUGUAAUUAUUGGCAUAUUCGUCAUUACAGGAUAAAGGGACGUUAAAAUGGACGCGAAGAUGCUGGUGCUGAGCUGAUCUACCUGACUCUGUCAAAUAUAACCUGCUGAUAAACAUACUGUCUUGUACAAAAAGUCUGUACAUAAAUUGUACAUGGUUUCAUUUUGUAUUUUCUCAAAUUAAAAUGGAUGUAUUUGUGUUCUA